UCCUCUGCCUUAUCAACGGCACGAUUGGAAAAGGUAACUCCUAUAUAAAAUAAGAAGGUGGCUUGUUAUUAUAAAGCGUGCAUGAACAACAGAAAAAUGUGAGAGUGAGAGUGAGAAGAGCAGUGUGAGGGACAAUCCCAUAGACUUGUUAGACACUUUGUUUACAUGCACAUCUGCGUCAGACGGUCAGGUUAGGAAGUGCUUCAUCUCGGCUCACUUAGCUUGAUAUUUAUUACACAACAGCUUGAAUACAACAUCAUAAUAUCUUGAACCCUUCAUCUUUAUAGAUGAAUUAUUGUUGGCAUAUAGGAUAGUUUUUAAGAGAAAAUCGUAUGAAAGCCGGGUAAAGAAGAUCGCUCCGUCACCGACACACAGACACGGCUUGAACUAGCGGGAGCAGCUCUAGGUUAGCGGCACGGUUGCAGAUCAUCCUUGACGAGGUUGUUUCGGUGCUUCCUCAUGACAGAUUCACCAGCACGACCUAAGAACUGAGUCUUUCCUCGUUGCACUGCACCAUACCAUACAUAUAAAAUCCAGGCUCAGAUUGCUCAUGGCUUCUCUUCUUUGGAAUGUUAAGAACACGGUUGGUUUCCGAUUGGUUCACAGCAUCAGGAUGAUGCCCAGACCUCUCGUGCUGUGUGGCCCUUCAGGUGCCGGCAAGUCAACCCUGAUGAAGAAGCUGUUUGACGAGUUUGGUUUGUACCUUGGGUUCUCCGUCUCCCACACCACACGCUCACCACGGAUAGGAGAAGAACAUGGCACGCACUAUUAUUUUGUUACCAUUGAAGAAAUGCAAAAGGCAAUUGAUAACAAGGAAUUCAUUGAACAUGCUAAAUACUCUGGGAACUUAUACGGAACAAGCAGGAAAGCCGUGGACGAUGUUCUGAGUAAUGGAAAGAUUUGCAUACUAGACAUUGAUUUGCAAGGUGUCCAGCAGGUCAAGGAGACAGACCUACAAGCAUAUUACGUCUUUAUUAGGCCACCAUCAAUUGAGCACCUGCGAGAGAGACUUCUUGCAAGAGGAACUGAGACAGAAGAGAGUCUCAAGAAGCGCCUUGACACGGCUGAGAAGGAAAUGGCGUACGGGGAACAGGAAAGUAACUUUGACAAAGUUAUUGUUAAUGACAACUUGGAGCGAGCCUAUCAAGAGCUCAAGGAGUUUGUUCAGCCGUCGGUUGAGCAGAUGCAGAAGGGUGAUGGCACUCAGUGAAACAAAUAUGUAUAUUUUUCUUUGUUGCAACACACUGAGUAAAUUAGUGAUAAUAGUAUCAACAUUGUUGCUUGUUGAUUCUUUUGCCAAAGAAAGCAUUCAGCCUCAUUUUAUCAGCUUUCAUUCCAUAUGGUAGUUUUGCAUAGACAUGUAAAGAAUGCAUUUUUUGAUGUAUUUGUUCAUCUUCACUAGUUCUAAUCUUUUCUUGCACUUGUGUGAUGCAUAUACUGUUUGCAAAUUAAGAUUUAAGAAAUGUUCAAUAUGACUAACA